AAUUAUCGAUAAUACUUAACACUUAUCGGCUCCAAGAGGAGGUAAACACGUUGCACUGGCAAAUUAUUUUGUUUCAAGUGCUGUUUGUGAAUAAAACAAUUGUUUUAAACAAUUGACCGGCGCGUCGACUACAGAAAUGGCUGAACGCAAGGGCACCUUUAAGGUGGAAUACCUCCAGAAGAUCGAGCGGGAAGUGCAGGAGCGAUGGGAAAAGGAGCGAGUCCACGAGACAGAUGCCCCCACGGCACCGAAGAAGCGCCAGGCUGAGAAGUUCUUCGUGACCUUUCCGUUUCCGUACAUGAAUGGACGCCUGCAUUUGGGACACACCUUUUCGCUGUCCAAGGCCGAGUACUCCAUGCGGUACCAUCGCCUCAAGGGACGCCGUGUCCUGUGGCCCUUUGGCUUCCAUUGCACUGGCAUGCCCAUUAAAGCGUGUGCAGAUAAGCUGACCCGUGAGCUGGAGCAGUUUGGCUAUCCGCCCAAGUUCCCAGAGGUCCAGGAAGAGUCUCCUGCUCCCGUUGAAACCAAAUCCGAGGUUCCUAAGGACAAGUCCAAGGGAAAGAAGAGCAAGGCUGUGGCCAAAACUGGUUCAGCCAAGUACCAGUGGCAGAUUAUGCAGAGUCUCGGCCUGAAGGACGAAGAAAUCAAGGAUUUCGCCAAUGCCGAACACUGGCUUAAUUAUUUUCCACCGCUGGCGGUGCAGGAUCUUAAGAGGAUCGGGGUGCACGUCGACUGGCGACGUACCUUCAUCACAACCGAUGCCAAUCCCUUCUUCGAUUCAUUUGUGCGCUGGCAGUUCAAUCACCUCAAGGAACGCGGAAAGAUCAUGUACGGCAAGAGGUACACCAUAUAUUCUCCGAAGGAUGGACAGCCUUGCAUGGAUCACGAUCGUUCCUCUGGAGAGGGAGUGGGUCCUCAGGAGUACACUCUCAUUAAAAUGAAGGUUCUGCAAACGCCCAAAGCUUUAAGCUCUAUCAAGCAGCCAAUUUAUCUGGUAGCCGCCACCCUUCGCCCGGAGACGAUGUACGGCCAGACCAACUGUUGGUUGCAUCCGGACAUUAAGUACAUUGCCUGGCAGACCACCAGGGACAACGAAGUGUGGAUCAGCACUCGUCGUGCGGCCAGAAAUAUGGCCUACCAAGGAUUCACCGCUGAGGAGGGAAAUGUCAAGGUUCUGGCUGAAGUAACUGGCCAGGAUUUGCUGGGUUUGCCCCUUUCGGCUCCUCUUACACAGCACAAGACCAUCUAUACCUUGCCUAUGCUGAGCAUCAAGGAGGACAAGGGAACAGGAGUUGUGACGUCGGUUCCAUCGGAUUCUCCCGAUGAUUAUGCUGCUCUGGUCGAUCUGCAGAAAAAGGAGGCUUUCCGCCAGAAGUAUGGCCUGAAGGAUGAGAUGGUGCUGCCUUUUGAGCCCAUUCCCAUCAUCGAUGUACCCACUCUGGGUAAACUGAGUGCCGUCCACGCCUAUGACACCCUGAAGAUUCAGUCUCAAAACGACAAAGAAAAGCUGGCCGAGGCCAAGGAGCUGUGCUACCUGAAGAGUUUCUAUGACGGUAUAAUGUUGGUUGGAGAAUUCGCUGGCCGUAAGAUUCAGGAUAUCAAGAAGGAUCUGCAGAAGCGCCUGGUGGAUGCCAAGGAGGCUGAUAUCUACUACGAGCCAGAGAAAACCAUUAUUUCCCGAUCGGCUGACGAGUGUGUGGUCGCUCUGUGUAACCAGUGGUACCUCAACUAUGGUGAGCCCGUGUGGCAGGCGCAGGCCACAAAGAUCCUGCAGGACAUGGAGACCUUCCACGAGGAGGCUCGCAACAAUUUCGAGGCCUGCCUCAACUGGUUGCAUGAGUAUGCCUGCUCGCGUACUUACGGUCUGGGUACAAAGUUGCCCUGGGAUGAGCAGUGGCUGAUUGAAUCCCUUUCUGACUCCACCAUCUACAUGGCCUUCUAUACUGUGGUUCAUUUGCUGCAGGGUGGCACCUUCCGGGGAGAGAAGCCUGGUCCCUUUGGAAUUAAGCCGUCGGACAUGACCUCUGAGGUCUGGGACUACAUCUUCUUCAAGGAGACUCCACUGCCAAAGAAGACGGCCAUCAAACAGGAAUACUUGUCCGUCCUCCGUAGGGAGUUCGAGUACUGGUACCCCAUGGAUCUUCGAGUAUCUGGCAAGGAUCUCAUCCAAAACCACUUAACCUUCUGUCUCUACAAUCACGCUGCCAUCUGGCCGAACGAUGAAACCAAGUGGCCCAAGGGAAUGCGAGUGAAUGGUCACCUGCUGCUCAACUCGGCCAAGAUGUCCAAGUCUGAUGGCAAUUUCCUCACUCUUACCGAAGCCGUGGACAAGUUCUCGGCCGAUGGUAUGCGACUGUGUCUGGCAGAUGCUGGCGACAGUGUGGAAGAUGCCAACUUCGUAGAGAGCACUGCCGAUGCUGGUAUCCUGCGACUGUACACGUUCAUUGAGUGGGUCAAGGAGAUGCUGGAGUCCAGGAGCAGUCUCAGGAAGGGUGCGGACAAGACGUUCAACGACCAGGUCUUCCUCAGCGAACUGAAUCUGAAAACUCAACAAACGGACGAGAAUUAUAAGAAAAUGCUGUUCAAGGAGGCCCUGAGGAGUGGUUUCUACGAGCUCCAGUUGGCCAGAGAUAAGUAUAGGGAGCUUUGCGGCGCCCAGGGAAUGCACGAAGACCUGGUGUUGGAGUUCAUCCGCCGGCAGGCUCUCCUCGUGGCUCCCAUUUGCCCGCACAUGUCCGAGCACGUUUGGGGCCUGCUGGGCAACAAGGACUCCAUCGUCCAUGCCCGCUGGCCUGAAGUGGGCGCCAUCAACGAAGUGGACAUCAUGUGCUCGGAGUACCUCAUGGAGGCUGCCCACACGUUCCGUCUCAACCUCAAGAACUUGCUGCAGCUCAAGGGCAAAGCGGGCAAGGACAAAUCCGUGGAUAAUCAGACAGCGAAACCGAACCGUGGCUUGAUCUGGGUGGCCAAAACCUAUCCUCCCUGGCAGUGCUGUGUCCUGGACACGAUGAGGGAAUUGUUUAACAAAUUCCAGUCCCUGCCGGACAAUAAAGUCAUUGCUGCCACUCUGCAACAGAAGGCGGAACUUAAGAAGUUCAUGAAGCGGGUGAUGCCAUUCGCUCAGAUGAUUCGCGAGAAGGUGGAGUCCGGCAAGGGAGUGGCCGCUCUGGCUGUCAACCUCGAGUUUGAUGAGCGUCAGGUGUUGCUGAACAACUUGGAUUACCUCAAAAAUACCCUUGACUUGGACACCCUGGAAAUUAAGUACACCGACGAUCCUUCAGCUCCGGAGAAAACUCGGGAGGAGGUUCGCCCCGGCUCUCCAUUCAUCAACUUCUCUGUGGCUCCCAAUGUGAGCGUAGAACUGACGAAUCCCGUCGAGCGAUCUUCACUCUUCCAGGUCAACACAAUCAUAUCCGAGGGUGAUACCACGCAGUCACUGCGGGAGAAGCUCUCAAAGAUCAUUGGACUGAAGACGGACAUGGCCAACUUGAAGAUCUGGCGCUAUGACGACCCUGCUUUGGGACCUCGUAAGAUACCCCAGUUUCAGGAUUACAAAUCAGGAAAGACACUGCUCGGCGAUGGUAACUUUGUUCUGGAUGUGGCGGCCAAGAAGAUUAGUCUGGAGCAGGGCGGAAAAGUGACCGAAGUGGGAAGAAAUCUUAUCUACGUGGUGGACUAAACCGAAAUGCAUCACGUGCCUAAGUAAUUUAUUCAUUAAAUGGAAAGUUAAAGCCUUGUAAAACGAACUAUUAACUACUGAAAUUAAAGAUAAUUGGUGUAAAAAAAA